AUGGACAUAGCUGCAAAAAACGAGGUGAACUUUGAUGCUGCUGCUUCUAAAUAUGAAAGUCAAUUCAAAGAGGCUCUUCAAAUUAUUGGCAAAGAGGUUGGAGACCGUUACAAGUGGAUCUGCCCACAAUGGGGUGAUACUUCCAACAACAACAUGAAACAAUUUCGAAUGCUAGACUAUGCAUGUGGUGCAGGCUUCAUGACGCGAACAUUACUACCCCAUGUUUCGGAGGUUAUCGGAAUAGAUAUAUCUCAAAACAUGGUGGCAGAAUACAACAAAAACAUUGCUGCUUUGGGCUUUCCAGCAGAUAAGAUGUUUGCCAAGAAGGGGAAUCUAUUAUCAGACACCCCUUCUGAGGAAUUCUCAAGGCCAGAAUACUUCAACUUCGAUCUCAUCAUCAUUGGAUUUGCUCUUCAUCACUUUGAGGCUCCAGACCUCGCAUUAAAGAGAUUAGUCAAAAGGCUUGCAGCAGGUGGAAUUUUGGUUGUACUGGAUUUCACAGAGCACACACUGAAAAUUGAAGAUGGAAUCACUGCUUCCGGCUUUGGCCCUGGUCUAAGGCAUAAAUUUGAAGAGGCUGGAGUAGGGAAUGGGUUUGAUUAUUUGUUACCAGAGAAAGGGGUCAUGCACGGAAAGCCUCCCAAGGAGAUGCGUUAUUUUAUUGCUCGAGGGGAACGGACCAAGAUUGACAUACUAAAGAGCUAG